GCUCUAUUUUUCUAUAGUUUCAUUCACUCUCUCGAUUUCCCGCCAGACGAAUUGGCGCGAAACUGGAGCCCCUCUCUACUACUUCUUAUCUGUUCGCAGAACUAGCCCUAGAUCUCCCUCCCGCCUUUUUUCUACCACUGGAGUGACCUGCUUCGCCUUCUACUCGUUGAUCGUUCUACUUCUCCGUCGUUUCUCAACCUCGCCGCCGGCGAUUCAGAGAUUCUUAUCAUUGGAGAAGCAUUAUCUUGGUUCAAUAAGGGGAAGAAUUAUACUUAUCGAAUGGAGUUGCGAAGUUUCUGUCAUUUGCACUAUAUCCAUGCCACUAAAGGCGGUGUGUUAACAAAAGUUCUGAACAUCAACCGUGGAAAGCCGGAAGUCGUAUUUAAGAAGCUUACUGACAUAUAUAGAUCUAUAGAUGACAAAGCUCAAGAACCACUCCCAACACGAGGGUCAAGAGAAGGUUUGGGAGAAAAUAUUCUUCACGGACUUGAGUUCAAGGUGGAAACCCAAGUUCCUUACGCAGAAAGAAAACUAUUCAAUGAUGAGCCUGAGGUUUCUGAUUCUCACAGUAAAGGCGAUAGUGACGGGCAAGAGAGUGAUUUAGAAGUUGAUAGCAUGACUUUAAAACAGAUAAUGGAAGGUUGCAAGAAAAGAAAGUUGAGCCAGUCAAGAUCUGUUGACUCAAGUGAGGAAAAACUGAGGACAUGUUCCAAGCGAGAACUUAAUCAAUCAUGCUUGUUACCUGAGGAGGAUGAUAGUGAUCUUAAUGUAGCUCUUAGCAUCUGGAAGUCCAAACUUUCAAAACGCAGAAAAUUGAAAACCAAAUGUGAAGAAAGCAGAAUAUCUAUCAGUUCACAGUGCGUCCAAACAGUUGGAAAUUCUGACCCAAUCAAUAGUGAUCAAGGUCUGCUUCCAAACUUUCAAAAUACAGACUGUCUACGUGAAGAAAGCAGAAUUUCUACUAGUUCACAGUGCGUCCAAACAAUUGGAAAUUCUGGCCCAAUCAAUAGUGAUCAAGGUCUGCUUUCAUCUGGUUCAGACCUACCCCUCCCAACAGUUGUUAAAGUUGAAACACCUGAAACGGAUGUGGCAGAAAUCCAGAACACAAACUACGUUGAUACGUGGUCUCUAUUUUGUGAUGAAAAUAUAAACUUGUGUUUGAGUUAUGAUCAUGUUGGACCUGAUGAUUUAAAUUUAGAUAUAGGAUCGACGACAUCUGAGAAAGAAGCUGAAUAUUGUGUUCUAAACAGUGCAUGGUAUGAAGGUUUGGAAGGCAAUGAACCUGAAACUCUUCAGAGGGUAGGGGAAUCCAGCGCCGACUGGAUGAAUGAAGAUAAGCUGAAGGUACACAAAUCCCAUCAUUCAGAUUUUUCUGCAUCAGAGAGCAUGAAGGGACAACACACCCCAAGUUAUGUAUCCAAUUAUAGUAUGUCAGAAGCUAUUCCCCUGACUAAGGAACAGUGCUCUGGCACUUAUACUUCCCUAAAUAAUUCUAUUACAAACGAGGUCAUAUGUCAGAAUAACAGUGAAGGUACUUCAGAAGCAAUCGCCUUGACAGAGGAAAAGUGCUGUGAUGCUUAUAUUUCAGAAGGUGAACCCUUUGCACACGAGGCCACGUGUCUGAAUAAUGGUGAAGGCUUCACUCAUUUGCAUGCAAUGACUAAUCUGAACGGCCUCCAAGUCCCAGAGAUGAGUCCUGGAGCUGAAGUAUGUUUAACUGAGAAUAGUUAUAAAGAUGGGUUGGCAUUUGAUCAUGAAAGAAGUAUUCCAACUGAAUCUACCAGUGAUAGUAACUCAAGCCCUGAUCAUGGAAAAUGUAUUUCAACAAAUUCUAUCAGUGAUCGUAACUCAGGAUCUGAUCAGCAUUUGAUAUUUGUUGAUGAAUGUACAGCUAAGGAGAGACAACCACAAAUUUCUGAUUAUUCUGAUUCAGAAAGAAUUACUUCACCAGAUUCUCAUCUCGAUGGUUCUGUGGACAAAUUUAAUCAAUUUGAAGAACCUAAACGCCAUCCGACAAGGCUGUUAUCAACGAGAACAACUAUUUCCCCAAUAUCUCAGGAAAGAUUGUCCAAGGCUAUGAAGUCCAUGCGGUUACAUGACAAAGAAUGCAAAACAUGUGGUGCCAAACCAUAUUUCAAGCAAAACAAGUACAAGGUCGGCACAGCUGAAGAAUGUGACCAGAUGAAACCAGUGUAUUCUGAUAUAUAUCAGGAGCAAAAUAUAAGGAAAUCAAAGAAGAGAAGUUCCCAUUCAGCGAGCACCACUAAAGUUCCUCAAGCUACGGUCCAAAAUUGUUCAGAGAGUGCAAUUGCAUUCACACAAAGGCAAAUGCAGGACAUAGAAUGUCUUGCUCUGAAACUUACCAAUCAGUUAAAGUCAAUGAAAGCAAUUGUAGAAGACAGACUUCAUGUUGAAGGCAACAAAGCUACAAGUUUCAAGUUUAACACGGAUGAGGUGAGAACAGCCAUUGCUGAUGCCACAAAAGCGGAAAUGCGUGCGAAGAAAUGGCUUUUGAUUAUGUCAAGGGACUGCAACCGCUUUUGUAAAAUAAUGAAUACGACCGAACAGAAUUCAAAUGCUUCUCCAACUGCAAUCCAGAAGGUGAAGAGGAAGGUUACAUUUGCUGAUGAAGCUGGUGGAAAGCUUUGUGAAGUUAGGUUGAUCGAGGACGAUGUCAAUGCCGAGUCUUUUGUCGAAAUGCGGCCAGAAAAUUGUGAAACAGUCUAAUAACAUUUGGAAAAAGCCUACCUACUCGUAUACUAAUUACUAACUUAUACUGAAUCAUUGUUCUCUUUUGAGAUGUUCAUUUGUAAAUUCUCACGUCACGUUUAAAAGAGAGUGCCGGAAUUGGAUUCUGACGAGGAAGUGAUAAUUCCUUACCGUUCCUUUUCCCUCAUAUUUAAACCAAAAUCGAGAAAUUUAAAUUAACACGUUUGCUACUGCAAUAUAUUUGUGAAUGCUUGAGAUUGGUUAAGAUAUCCAAUUAUAAGAGUGCAGUUUUUAUAUCUGA